UUUGCCAGGUGAACAGCGUUGAGCGGCGCAAGCGAGCGAUUUCGAGGCGAUUUCGAGGCGGUACGAAAGCGAAAUCGAGACCAACCAAACCAACCGAAGUGCGCGUCGGGCCUUCGUGGGUAUUUUUUUUUCUGGUUCUUCUGUGCGAGUGAGAGAGAGAGGGGUGGAGGCGUAGAGCGAGAGAGCGACAAGGCAGGAGCAGCAGCCUCCGCGACAGGACGAGAGCAGAGAUUCGAGGCGGUUCGGAACGAGGCGAGACAAGACGAAACACGUCGCAUCGGGGCGCAACGAGGGCCGACGGAAUCGGAACAGGACCUUUUUGGGGGCAAUUGGCGCGAGGACGUCGCCGUGGCGCACAGAAACACGCUGGCCGUUGACCGAGUGGCAACGCAGCCCGGAGAAUCGGUUUCGCACUUGGCUUGGAGAAUCGCCCACCAGGAAGAGUCUAGCACUGAGAAUCGGUGGCACCACUAGAGCAGCUGUUGCAUGCCCCUGCGGCAGACUCAGUGACGCCGCGAGUGCCGUCGCCGCGUCUUGUUUUUGUUGUUUGUUUGUUUGGUGACCCCGACGCGAUCCUCCCGAGUGUGUGACCGAGACAGCCGAGUACGCUCUCCGCCGGAGACACAUACACUUGCAGAAACCCAGUGCAACUGACAGUGACAGCGGGACGCGUCCCGAGAACGAGGUACCUCGCAUUCGAGCCAAUGGUGAGGAUGGGCCUGCUGCAGCUCCUGCCGCUGAUCCUGGCCGUGGCCAUCGGAUCCGGAACGCGCUCCUCUUGGGCCGCCGGCAUAUCGGCCAACGACCCGUGCUACUUCGAGGGCAAGCCGCGCAAGUGCCUGCCCAGCUUCGUGAACGCCGCCUACGGGAAUCCCGUCCAGGCAUCGAGCGUCUGUGGCGCCCAGCAGCCGGAGCGGUACUGCGAGCUCCUGCGCGACGGCAAUGCCGGCGAGUGCCGGGCCUGCGAGCAGCAGCGGUAUGGCCCCGCGGCGCUGACCGAUCUGAACAACCCCAGCAACGUGACCUGCUGGCGGUCGGGGGCGGUGAACGUGCCCCACGACCCGGACACCGCGCCGCCGGACAAUGUCACCCUGACCCUGUCGCUGGGCAAGAAGUACGAGCUGACCUACAUAUCGCUCUCCUUCUGCCCCCGCUCGCCACGCCCCGACUCGCUGGCCAUCUUCAAGAGCUCCGACUUCGGCCAGACCUGGCAGCCCUUCCAGUUCUACAGCUCCCAGUGCCAGAAGUUCUACGGUCGCCCGGACCGGGCCAAGAUCUCCAAGUUCAACGAGCAGGAGGCGCGCUGCAUCAACUCGCAGCACGACACGGGUGGCGCGGCGCAGAGGUUCGCCUUCAACACCCUGGAGGGUCGUCCGUCGGCCAAUGAUCUCGACUCCUCGCUGGUCCUGCAGGACUGGGUGACGGCCACCGACAUCCGGGUGGUGUUCCAUCGCCUGGAACUGCCGCCGCAGCUGCUCAAAGUGAAGAACGCCAAUGCCUUCAGCGAUGAGAUGGGCGGCAGUCGGGAGGAGGACGACGACGACGACGAGGACGAUGAGGCGGACCUGGAGAUGGACGGCGAGCAGGACGAGUACGACUACAAUCUGCAGGACAACGACAGUGCCGACGCCGGCUACGAUGAGUACGAGGAGCCCAAGAAGCACCUGGAGCUGGACGACGACCACCUCCACCUGGACUAUGCCAGCGAUGGAGAGUCCUCGGGUCUCAAGCGCAAGCACAAGGCCAGUGCCUAUGAGAAGCACUACCAGAGCAAGCUGGCGGCGACCACGCCCCCGCAGCCCAAGGUCACGGCGCCGGGCAAGACCACGCCCCCGGCCAGCACAGCCGCCCCCUCGGCCGCCGCCUCCGUGGCCCUGCCCAUUUCGCAGCACUACGCCGUCUCGGACUUCGCCGUCGGCGGCCGGUGCAAGUGCAACGGCCAUGCCUCCGAGUGCGUGGCCACCAUGAGCUCGGGAGCGGGAGCGGGAUCGGGAACGGACGCGGAUGACGGGCAGGACGAGGACGCGGGCCCCGCCGCCGCCGCCUCCUCGCUGGCCGCCCACUUCGGCCGGAGCACCCAGAUGAGCGCCAAGCUGGCCAUGACCUGCGCCUGCAAGCACAACACCGCCGGCCCCGAGUGCGAGCGCUGCAAGCCCUUCUACUUCGACCGCCCCUGGGGCAGGGCCACCGACAACGACGCCAACGAGUGCAAGAUGUGCCAGUGCAAUGGACACGCCCGUCGCUGCCGUUUCAACCUGGAGUUGUACAAGCUAUCUGGCCGCGUUUCGGGAGGUGUGUGCUACAACUGCCAGCACGAUACUACCGGAAGAUACUGCCACUAUUGCCGCGAGGGAUACUACCGGGAUGCCACCAAGCCGCCGAAUCAUCGCAAAGUCUGCAAGCGUUGCGACUGCCAUCCAGUGGGUUCGACGGGCAAGACGUGCAAUCACCUAAGUGGCCAGUGCCCCUGCAAGGAGGGCGUCACCGGACUGACCUGCAACCGAUGUGCCCGGGGCUACCAGCAGACCCGCUCCCACGUGGCACCCUGCAUCAAAGUGCCCACCAAUGCGAAUAUGAUUCAGGCCGAGAGUGCUGGCGGCGGAGGAGGUGGCACAGGUGACUACAAGGACGGCGGUGGCUCGCAGGUCGAGGAAAUGAAGAAGUACUGCGGCAAGUGCAAGGCCAGUCCCAAGAAGCUGAACCUCAACAAGUUUUGCAUGGAAGAUUAUGCCAUUUUGGCCAAGGUUAUUGGCCACGAUCGCGCCUCCCAGGACAUCAGCACGGAGAAGUUCUCCAUAGAGCGGCAGAACGAGAUCUACAAGUACGAGAUCAACAUCCAGACGAUCUUCAAGCGGAAUCCCAUGUCGGGCACGACCAGUUCCUUGCUGGGCAGAGGCAAUAUGAUGCUGCUGGUGCCCCGCAAGAGCAUCGAGUGCCAGUGUCCCAAAAUAAAGCUAAACAAAUCGUAUCUCAUCCUCGGACGCGACUCGGAGGCGGCGCCCGGCUACCUGGCCAUCGGACCCAGCUCCGUGGUCCUCGAGUGGAAGGACGAGUGGUCGCUGCGCAUGAAGCGGUUCCAGCGGCGGGCUCGCAAAUGCAGUUGAAUCGAACCGGAAACGGAAUAUGUCAGAGCGGAUUUCAAUUUCACACACUUGGCUAGGUAUCGGUUUUUGUAUAAAUUGUACAGUUUACUCAAGUUUCUGACCUUCUUCGGCAUCAUGCUAUAAAUUAAUUGAAUCGGAGCAACACAAUCCCCCCCAAGAUAGCCCCCUCCCCCAAUCAGCAACUCCCAACCGGAAGUAUCCCGUCUAUAGUAUCUCAACGCCCUCCCCGAACAUCCUCUUCCGGGGCGGUCUCUAGUCUAUAAAGCGCUUUACACACCAUCAGCGAGCCAGCACACACACUACGUAUACAUAAUACCCCCUUUAUGAAACACCAAAUGCUAAUUACAGUUACGUGCCGACGGGUGGGCGUGGCCGCGUGGCCAUAAAAAACGGUUAUAAAUUGAAAAUAAGUGCGAAAAAGCGCCGAAACGUCGCGUGUCGCGAUUCUAGAAAAGCAAACAAGCGCAUGUUUUGGGGGAAAUGGGCAAGUGGACAAACAGGCCACGUCGUCACAUAAGUGCAGUCAUAAACCAGCAACACGGACGGCCAGCCAUCCACACUCUGGCCAAAAGUAGGGGCACUCCACAAGAACAGAGCUCAAAAUAGUAUUAUUAUCUUACUUGUCAAAAAGUAUAUUUUCAAAUUUCAAUAGUUUUGUAUUUUUCAGAAUUUUUUUUAUAGUAUUUAAAUUGUUUGAAUAUUUUUAUAGAUUUUUUUUUGUGUUUCAAGAUAUGCGUUUUUACACGGUAGUAGGGACACCUUAAGAGAAUCGAACCACGAAUAGUAGUAUUUUUAUACUUUUUAAAAAGUAUAUUUUCAAAUUUCAAUUUUGUAGUAUUUUUUCAGAAUAUUUUUUAGUAUUUAAUUUCCUUAAAUAUUAUUAUUGAUUUUAUUUUGUGCUUUAGAUGUGAAUUAAAUUUCCGAUUCAUUCUGUGGAAAUCGAGCUCAAAGUGGUAUAUAUCAUAUCUGAAAAAUAUAUAUUUUAAAUUGUAAGUACUCUAAAUUUUUUUUUUAAUUUGCUUUAAAAAAAGUUUUUGUUAUUUUCAAUUUAGAUCUUUUUGUCUUUGAGUUUUUAAGUCAAUUUUUCGAAUUUACUUUAAUGAAGCCUUGUAAUCUAUUACAUAAUUUAAAUAUCUGAAAAGCUGCUAUAGAUUGUCUUUUUCGAUUUUAGAUGGGCAUUCAAAUUUCAUAUCAAUAAAAAGUUAAUCUCUCAUCGGGCCGUAAAAGAAACCUGAUAUCUGAAUGGACUCAAAAAAUGUUACAAGUGGAUUAAUUUUUAAACUAAUCACUGGAAAUCAAAUCGAAAUCUUUUAUGAAGCCAAAGUUAAAAGCGAAAAUUAGUGGUCAUUGUCUAACUUAUUCAAUGUCAUUAGUAAUUUGUAUUAAAAUUAGUAUUUAUUAACUGUAUUUGUUUGUUUAUUCGAUUGAGAGGUUUUAAAACAAAUUACUUAUUUAACAAAUCAACACUGAAUAUCCCUGACAAUUUUCCAAGCCUUGUAACCAAAAAUGGUUUCAAUUUUGCUUAAAUAUUCACCAUUCGAUGCUGGUUCAACAAUUUUUACUAGUUUAUUAUACUCGUGCCGAUUUUAUUUAUCUCUUUGUUUAAAUGUAUUUCUAGUACUGAAAAAUAUUUGCAAAUAUCCCACAUUUUAUUGCUGCUAAGAAAUAUAUAAAUUCUUUAUAUUUUUACCAAAGCUUCCAGGGUAUUUAGCCUCAGACCUGUGACUGUUUUCAUUGAUAUCUGCUUUCCGUGUGUUUCCGCCGACCAGAAAAACACUUCUCAAGAAUUUAUGCAAACAGUUUUUGCAGAUAAUUAUGCACAUGUUUAUUGACAAUCUGCUAGUUGAUUUUUCACGCGCUUUUGCAUACCAAUUUGUUUGAUGGAUGCAUCAAUAAAAAAGAAAUAGAGGCAGGCAAGGCGGCGGCAAAACAGGCAUUUAAAAUGCAUUUAUUUGAAUUUGAUUUUCAAUUUGAAUUAUGCAUGCAAAUUGUGAGCGCAUCAGUUCACAGCCGAGUGUCUGAAACCGAAAUCGAAGGCGUCAAGAGUGAGUUUGAGGUGUUGGGGGCUUGGGGAACUGGUUGUAACUUGUUUUCGGAGCAUGUGUAGGCCACGCAACACUCGAAACCCAUCCCGGCCAGCUUCUCGGUACAGUAGGCCCGGCCUAAGGUGGAUUUUCAGAGCUUCCUGCAACCAUAUAUCUCAAAAAUACACAGAAAAUCUACUUUUUCCAGUUAAUAUAUAUCUCUUUUCAUAAAGAAGCCCAAACUUAAAUCUUUUUUUGUUGAUUAAUAUUUUUUCCCCCACUGAUUUCUCACUGUACCGCUCGCUAGGCAUCACAGGCAGACAAAACCCUCAAAACACCAGACAACCUGGAACAUGUAGCACAAAUUAAACAGCGGAAAAAAGAGCUUUUCGAAGUAAAUUCUUGGGUAUUCUUCUAUGAAAUAACCAAAAUAAAUGGCUUAAUGUUCAUGAUUAAAUUAGAAAUAUAAAAAAUAUAGAAAUUAAGGUAUUUAAAUUGAUUUCUGUAGGUGUACUGUGGAAAUGAACUUCGUGGGCCGCUCGCAGUGAUGUCCGUGCCCCCCCCAAUUGCAGUUACAUUUUUUCGAUGUUGCCGCGGAUUAAACAUGUUUCGGGCUCAAAAAUGUAACAUGAUAUAUGACAGCCAAGUGUCGAACUUGAUAAAUGUUUUAAUGAAUUUAUUUUCGUGUUUAUGUGCUGGCUGCCACCCGGCCACGAGUGACUGAGUCGAGAUCUCUGCCUGACUUUCGGUUCGUUUCUGUGUUCCCUCUCGGUUUCGACGGCUGCCACGACACCUACUCUCCGGCUCUUUUGUGGACGUCUGAUUCUGAUGUGCUGUGCCGUGUCUGCCCCAUCCAUAAGCACACUCAGAUAUCCACAUAUCCCCCUGCCCAUUCACAAGCUAUUCAGGUCCGACCGUGACCAUGAUGUAUGAUAAAUCAAAAUGGGGGCAACAUAUGCAGGGACAGUCCGAGUCGGACAGUUAACAUGCUGCGGCAUUUAAGCCGAGAUUUGUGUUCGCAUUCGCUCCCCGCCCAGGGACGGCAUAAUUAGCCCGGUCCCUCGAAGUGGAUGUGGCUAUGUGGAUCUGGAGCUGGAUCUGGAUCUGGAUCCGUAUCUGCUUCUGUUUCUGUUUCUGUCUCUGGCCAACGCGGCGUAUGAGUCACGAGCACACGUGUGCCCGCAGAGGAACACGGGGAAGCGGAAUAAAUGCAAACUUGUCAACUUUUAACACAUUACACAAAUUGCAGAGCGCACAUUUUAAUACGGCCCGCUGCCCUGCCAAGGGGAUGAGUUAACUAUUCAAGGAACCUGGCUUCCAGAAGUAAUUGCAUUUUAGCAUGCUUUAAGGCAUCCCAAACACCUUUUGAUAUUUUAUCCACCAACGGCUCAACAGCAAAUUAAAUUAAUAAUUCAGUGAAGUUUCUUUAUGCUAAAUAAAGGUUAAAGUCUGGGGAUAAUGUUACUUUUUAAAAAUGAUUUAUAUUUUAUCAUGUUUAAAAACCUUUUAAAUACUAAUUGCUAUUUUUUGUAUUCCCCAAUUGACUUUAAUCUUUAGACUCUCCAUCAAAAAUAAAUUUAAUAAAUAUUUAAAAUAGUUGCAAAAAUAAUAAAUUCUACCAAAAAGUUUUCUUCAUCUAAGUAAAAUUUUAAAUAAAAUAAAAUACUCAAAAAGAAAAAAUUUAUCAAGUCUAAAAUCCUUUAAAAUACCAAAUGAUAUUUUCACAAUUUUAUAUAUUUAAAUCAAUAAAUUCUGGACUAACAACAAGUGAAAUAAAUAAUUCUAGUGACCAUAUGACAUCCCAAAACACUAUUUGGAACCUUGAAAUAACUCUUGCCCCUUCAAAGGAUAGGGAUAUUUUUCCUGCGACUAUAUACCAUUGUUUCGCAUUUUCGAUCUUAUUAGAGCUGGAACCCCAGCCGAAAGCGCCGAAAAUAGCGUUAAAUAAAUGCUGACAAAUACGGCAAAAAAGUGAUUCAACAACAGAAAAGCCAAAAAAAUGGGAAAUGAAAUGAGAAAUUCAAUUGUGGCCUCGGCCCCGUCGACUGUGGCCGGCUUCAUGCCUUCAUGCAUAUUUAAAUGAGAUUUUGCGUUAACUGAAUUUUUCACCGACAUACUCCAGCUGCGUGGGCGGUGGGCGGGGGGCGUGGCGAGUGGCGAGUGGGCGUGUGGCCCUGAAAAAAAAACAUAUUAAUUUAUAUAAUGUACGCGUACGCACAGAGAUAUAAAACAUUUAUAUAGAUUUAAAUAAAUUGGGUUCUUCUCAUUUCGUUUUUUCCGCUCUUAUUUUUUGCCAUUUUUGUCGUUCAUUUAACGCACAAUGGCCGGGGGCGGGGGCGGUGGGCGUGGCAGGCGGGCGUGUUGUCGCAUAUGUAUUUUAAAUAGGAUGCAGGCCCCAUUAGCAUAUAAAUUGACGCAGCGACAGUUGAGUGGAUAAAAAACGAAAAACUCUUAACCGAGAGGCUGUGCAAAAAAGGCAAAAGGGUUGCGCUGGCUCGUAACUGUUAACUAGCAUUUGGUCAAAAGUAAAAAAAAAACGAUGGAAAAAUUAAUUGAAAUGCCCACCAAACGUCACACGCACACGAGAACACUAACACCACAGCCCCAAGCUGACAAAUUGACUUCCGUUUCCGCUAAUUCAAAACAAGAAAAGAACAAAAAAAUUGAAAUUUCUUCGAAAGAAUGAACGAGUACUUAAGGAGCAGGAUGCAAACAUAACCAAAUUAGUCAUUAGUUGAUAUGUCAAGCCGUUUAUUUAUUUACACCUUUUUUCCUAAACCUAAUUAUAAACGAGUAUGGAGUAUGUUUGCGAACGAAACGCGAGGGAUCCGAGAUGUAUUUAUAUGUUAUGGUGGGAGGACUUUCCCUCCCGCAGAUCGCCUCCCACCCUUGGUUUGCGAGUGCACUAAGCAUGGCCUACUAAUCACAUAUCCUUCAGCCACACACACACACAAUUAGUUAUUAAAUAAUGUUUUUUUUUUGCCAGACUAAUAAUUGAGCAGCAUGCGUGUGUGUCCAGAACGAAUUAUUCAUAUGGUAAGCCUAGAAACACAAAGGAAUACAUAGAACGCAUACAUACGUAUAACACAUAAAUAUAACUAAUCGAAAAAGAAGAAAAGCAAAAAAAAGUAAGGAAACGCAAAAGGAAAGCCAUUUUUUUCUUAGAUUUUUUGUAAAUACUCAAAAAGAUCAGAUAGAACUAUAUAUAUAUAGAAACACAUUGAUUACGAUUUCGAUUAUUGCUAAUUAUUACGUUGAAUCACACACUGCACACUCACACACCCACACACACAGCCACACACUCGAAAAGCAAGAGAAAUUCACACUGUCUGAUAUUAAAGUAUUGUAGUUGGUACUUAUAUAAUACAUAUAUAUAUAAAUAAAUAUUAAUAUAUGAUUAAUCGUAAUACAUAAAGUAUGCAAUUUUUGUGGCAAAAGAAAAAUAUAUCAAAGACAGGCGGAUGGAGGAGAAUCCAAGUUAUAUAUAUAUAUAUAUCAUUUAUGUGUACUUGAAAAAGUAAAAAACCGAAAACAAAGCAACAAGAGCAUGAAAGUUUAAUCGAAUUAAGUGGACAAAUUGCUAAUAAUAAUAAUAAAACUAAUAACGAAAUCCAGG